CAGAACCAUUCAUCUCUCCCCUCCUUCAGGCUUCACAUCCGGGUCAUCCGCCAGUAUCUGUCUCUUGCGUCUGUGUGUCUGACAGAGUAAUAAUUAUUUCAUCCGCCGCCGCCGCCGCCGCCGCCGUGCUGUACUGCAGCUCUCUGCCGGACUGCGCGGCUCGCCGAGCGGACACUUUGCGUGGCGUGCACCGCUGAUGUCGGAGCCACGGGCGCUGUGAAGGCUGCAGCCGGUUGGAGGGAUGAGACGGUAGGAGGCUUUUUCUAUGGGCCAGUCCGCGGUGAUUAACUCGCCCUAACGAUGUCUAAGAGCCUCAAGAAGAAAAACCACUGGACCAACAAAGUCCACGAAGCGGUGAUAACCCGCGGGAAGGAAGGGGAGCUGGGGUUCGAGCUGAAGGGGGGCGCGGAGAUCGGCCAGUUCCCUUACUUCGGCGAGGUGAAGCAGGGGAAGGGACUGAUCCAGAGCGGCAAACUGGCCCAGGAUGAGCUGCUGCUGGAGGUCAACAACAUGCCGGUGGCCGGGCUCACCACCCGGGACGUGCAGGCUGUGAUUAAACACUGCAAAGACCCGGUCCGCCUCAAAUGUGUCAAACAAGGGGGGGUGGUUGACAAGGAUUUGCGGCACUACCUCAACCUGCGCUUCUCUAAGGGCUCGGUGGACCACGACCACCAGCAGAUCAUCAGAGACAACCUCUACCUCCGCACUGUUCCCUGUACCACCAGGCAGCCCAAGGAGGGGGAGGUGCCAGGGGUGGACUACAAUUUUGUGAGUGUGGAGCGUUUUAUGGAACUGGAGCAAAGUGGAGCCCUGCUAGAGAGUGGAACCUAUGAAGACAACUUCUACGGCACACCAAAACCUCCAGCGGAGCCGUCCCCCGCAGCACCUCCUCUGAAUGUAAGUGAGGCCUUGCUGCCUGGAGCCCGGCCCAGCGCCCAGGGCAAGAGGAAGAGGAACCAGUCAGUCAGCAACAUGGAGCAGCGUGCCAGCCUGGAGCCUCCCGAGGAGGAGGAAGAGGAGAGCCCGGUUGUCAAUGGUAACGGAGUGGCCAUCACCCCAGAGUCCAGUGAGCAUGAGGACAAGAGCACAGAUGCCUCUGGGGAGGUUGCUGUUGACGCCUCCAUUCAACCCCCACCCUCCAUUGAGCCCCCCACAGAAGGAGAAGAGGCCCCAAAAUCUCCCUCUGAAUCCCCGGCCAAAGUCCCAGACGCAGAUGAAGAAGAACUGGGGCCUCUCCCUGACAACUGGGAAAUGGCAUACACUGAGAAGGGGGAGGUUUACUUCAUAGAUCACAACACCAAAACUACAUCGUGGCUGGAUCCUCGGCUCGCAAAGAAAGCAAAGCCGCCAGAAGAAUGCAGCGAAGACGAGCUGCCCUAUGGCUGGGAGAAGAUCGAUGACCCCAUCUACGGCAGCUACUAUGUAGAUCACAUAAAUCGAAGAACUCAGUUUGAGAAUCCAGUCCUGGAAGCCAAGAGACGUCUGGAGCAGCAGAGACAGAUGCAGAGUCAGGGACUCUCUGCUCUGCCACUGCCCACCAUAUACAGAGAGAAGCCAUUGUUUACGAGGGACCCGACCCAGCUGAAGGGCACCUUCCUGUCAACAGACCUGCAGAAGAGCAACAUGGGAUUUGGCUUCACGAUCAUAGGGGGCGAUGAGCCGGACGAGUUCCUGCAAGUGAAGAGUGUAAUACCCGAAGGACCUGCUGCUCAGGACGGAAAGAUGGACACAGGUGAUGUCAUCGUCUACAUCAACGACAUCUGCGUGCUGGGGACCACACACGCGGACGUCGUCAAGCUUUUCCAGUCCGUGCCCAUCGGUCAGAGUGUCACCCUCGUGCUCUGUCGGGGCUAUCCUCUGCCCUUUGACCCCGAGGACCCGAGCGGCGCGGCGAGCAGCUCCAUGACGCCCAUUGGCCUGGAGCAUCGCCCCCUAGUGGUGAACGGCCGCGGCAGUUACGACCCCUACCUGGAGUAUCUGUCGCUGAGCUCCCAGCUGCCUCCUCAGGCUCUGGCGCAGGCCUCGCACCCAGGGGACACACAUCUGGACGGCUCCUCGCUGCCACCCACCACACCCGGUUCGGCGUCGGCGCUCACGCCUCACGAGGACAACGUGUCGAUGGCGUCCUCAGGGACUGCGGGGAUUGCUGGGGCCACGGCACAAGCUGCAGAGCUCCUGACGGUUACUAUGGUGAAAGGAUCGGAGGGAUUUGGGUUCACUAUCGCAGACAGUCCCACUGGUCAGCGAGUGAAACAGGUGCUGGAGCCCGGCUCGCAGGGCGGGUCUGGGCUGAUAGAGGGAGACCUGAUCCUGGAGGUGAACCAGCAGCCAGUGGCUGCAGCGGGACAUGGGAGAGUGGUAGAGAUGCUCAAAGAGUGUCCUGUUGGAGCUGAGGCGACACUUCUCAUACAGAGAGGAGGAACAGGUCACAUCUCUCCAUGGAAGGCCUCCAAACAGUUGCCUGACCAGUGGGACCCCCAUGGCAGCCCCCAAGCGAACCUUUCAGGCCCAGUCCUCCCACCAGGCACACCCUUCCCGAACCAGCCACAGCACCGCACAUCUGUGCCCGACUCCACUGAGGGCUUUGACCUCAACAAACCCGACCCUUACGACCUGUACGAGAAGUCGAGGGCCAUCUACGAGAGCCGGCGUCCAGAGUACGAAGAGGUGGAGGUGCAUCUGCUGAGGGAGAAGACCGGGUUUGGCUUCCGUAUCCUGGGGGGAGACGAGGCCGUGCAGGCUGUGAGUCCGGACGCCCGUGACAAGAUUGUUAUUGGUGCCAUAAUAGAGAACACUCCGGCUGAGCGCGACGGACGGCUUCGACCCGGGGACGAGCUCAUCUCUGUAGAUAAAAACGUGGUUGCUGGGAAACCACACAAAUACGUCAUCGACUUGAUGCACGCAGCUGCUCGCAACGGUCAAGUCAGCUUGACUGUGAGAAGGAGAGUGCAAAUGCCCGGUGAGCUGUGUCCUGUGAACGGUCGUAGUCCCGGCUCGGUGUCCACACAACACAGCUCUCCACGAAGUGACGCAGCCUCAGCUCUGGGCCCUUCGGUCCUCGCUAUCCCCUCUGCCACCUCUCCUCCAGAGGGCUCUGCCCUGCAAACCAGCGAUGUGGUUAUUCAUCGAAAGGAGAACGAGGGCUUCGGCUUCGUUAUCAUCAGCUCCCUGAACAGACCGGAAAAUGCCGCCGUCAUCACUGUGCCUCAUAAAAUAGGACGAAUCAUCGAGGGCAGCCCUGCAGACCGCUGUGGGAAGCUGAAGGUGGGCGACAGGAUCCUGGCUGUAAACGGACAGUCCAUCAUCAGCAUGCCGCACGCCGACAUAGUCAAGCUCAUUAAAGACGCUGGGCUAACAGUCACACUGCACAUCAUACCAGAGGAAGGUUCUCAUUCUGGCCCCAGCUCUGAGAAGCAGAGCCCCAUGACCCAGAAACAUAGCCCCCAGACCCAGCCCAGCCCUGUAGCCCAGCCUGGCCAAGGAGGCGCCCAGCCCGGCCAAACGGUAGCUCAGACCGGUCAAGCGUCCAUCCAGCCCGGCCAAAUACCAGCCCAGACGAGCCAAACAGUGACUGGCCCUCAUGCACCAGCAUCCUCCCAGAAUGCACCUGCUGGAACCCAGCAUAGCCCAGUGACCCAGGCAUCCGGACUCCCUCCUCAGCUCUACCUGCAUGAUGGCAGGUCAGAGGUCAAAGCCAGACAGGACGUCAAACCUGACUACCGCCAUCCUCCGUUCACUGAUUACAGGCAACCUCCGGUAGACUAUCGUCACCCACCGGUCGUUGACUACAGACAGCCCCCCACGCUGGACUACAGACACCCCCCUGGUCUGCUGGACUUCAGGCAGCACCCUGCCGCUGCACAGUUCCCUCUGGGGAUUCCUGCGGACUUCAGACUUCAGGACUACGAUUACUUCACAGUCGAGCUGGAGAAAAGUUCAAAGGGUUUUGGCUUCAGUAUCCGCGGCGGCAGAGAGUACAAGAUGGACCUGUUUGUGUUGCGGCUCGCUGAGGACGGACCUGCCAUCCGUAAUGGAAGGAUGAGGGUCGGGGAUCAGAUCAUCGAGAUCAACGGAGACAGCACCCGGGACAUGACUCACGCCCGCGCCAUUGAACUCAUCAAAGCGGGAGGCCGGCGGGUGAGGCUGCUGCUCAAGCGAGGCACGGGACAGGUGCCUGAAUAUGACUGUAACGACCCCCGGGAUUCCAUUUCUACAACCCACCCUGCCCUGCAGGAAGUGACCCCAGAACCCCGCCCAACUCCAUCACUCUCAUCCCAUCCGGCCUCAGCCCCAGACUCCCCUCAUCAGCUCCCUCUAGAGGCCACAGUGUGCACGGCAGACAAAGCUCCACAGCUCACAGACCACUGCUCCGUCAGAGUGGCUGCAGCAGGUGGCAGGACCACCCAGCAGAAGUGCAGCGUCAGGGGGCAGGGAACCCCUCAAGGGUCGUCUGGAGAGGUGGACAGUGGACCAGGAGACAGACAGGCUCGCGCUUUGCCUCCCAAAGGCGUCCUGGGGAGGUGUGUUGAAAGGAGAGAGCGGCAGAGGGACACGUGCUCCCCCUGCUGUGAGAGGAAGGGUCUGCACAGUCAGGCCGUGACAGCUCUCUGGCCCUGGGACCAUUAUGCGAGUGUGAAUGGAGCCAGUCUGGGCGGUAGAGACGGUCAUGUCGGCCUCCAGGAAAGACUUGUUUCUAGAAGUCUUUUCCCCAGAGAAGAUGAGAGAUCCAUCGGCCACAGCGGGCUCUGCUGCCCCUCUAAAACCCUGGAAGAUUCUCAUGUGAGGAGCGCGUCAACAGCCUCCCCUGGACCCUGGAACGUCCCCAGGUCUGACCAACUGCCUGGCACUCUGAGGUCCUGGACCUCUACAGUGAGCAGGUAGAAUGGAUCUUGCUGGUUCUGGACUGGAUCACACUUGUCAGGUUCCCCAAAACUCUCCUUCCCCCCUCUCAUUCCAGUUUUCUACCCUGUCUUCUUCUAAGAUCAUAGUUUAUGUUUCAUUUGUGCUGAUGAGAUAAUUAUUACACCUACCACCUUAAAAAAAAAUCAGAGGAACAUUAACUCAGUGUGUCGGCAUGUAGGACCCUGUUGUAAUCAAAGAUGGAGCGGGCAUCGUCUUAUGUCCGAGCGGGGGGGCCGUGCUUUCAUCAUGUACCUUUAACUGCUCGAGCGCGUCCGGCACAGAUUGGUUAGCAGCGUCGCCUCAGAUGGAACAAAGAUCCUCACAGGAGACAGACAUAUGUUCAUCCAAGAGAUUUACUUUUUGCUCCGUUUUCUCUGUGCAGCAGGAAGAGCGGGACUACCAAUCUGUCGGAGGGAGGCAGAGACACUGAAACUCCUCGAGGACAUGGCACUGACCCAAGUGACAGCCUGGUUAACCCCAACAUAUGUUAGCACUCACAUGCCUAUAUCAUAUACUGUAAAUGUAAAGAUGUGACAAAUUAUGUACAUUUGGUUAUCUCAAAAAAAAACAACAGACCUGUUGGUGUUUUUUUGAGGCCAUGUUGUAGUUAGAAACAUUGUAAAGAAAAAGAUAUAACACAGGACGGUAUUUUAGGAUGACUAAUGACAUGACCUCGUCUAUAACUACAUAUCAAAGACUGUGCAAAGUCAUCGAACCCCAGACCGCUGUUGGAGGCGGUGGUCGUGUGCAUGGAUAUAAACCACCAUGUCGUUUUUAACAGGGACUCUCGUGUCUCUCAGAGGUAGAAUAAUAGAAGCUGACAGCUGGCUACUCGUGUGAGACAAACAGAUAAUCUUGUUAUUUUCCAUCCAAUUGAACUUUUUGAGUGACUGAAAAAGUCGGCUUAGUAAGAAACUCACAGUACUUCUCUGAGUCGUGUGCACCACUUGAUCAUAACCAUGCAGACGUUGUGCAGAAUUAUGUGUUAUGUAUUCAUUUAAGGCUCCAACUAAAGAAUCUGUCCAGUCUAUAUCUCCCAUUUCUAUGCCUUUUUACUGUGCUACGUGUACCACAUCACUGUGGGAGAGGGGCGUCGGUGUGAGGUCGAGGAGGCCGAUGGUUAUGAGGUGGGGGGGGCGGGAGUGCCUUACUCAAACUAAUGCACAGCUGUCCGAUUUGUUUUGGGAACUGAAUGCAACAUAGAUGUUAGUGACCAUGCACACAUAUCAGCAAAACUGUUUUCUUUCUGACUUAACACCGAGCAGUAUUUACAGUCAUCUCGAUGCACUCUCAGCUUAUCAUUGUCGAUGAUCGCCCUCGUCCCCCCACACAUGUUUAACGGGGAUCAGAUGUAGCCUGUAGCAUUACAUCCUCUCCUGGGAGAGUGGAACAGUGAUCCCUUGUUGUUUCAAAUGACUUUUUCUUUCAGCUUCAUUUUGUCCAUUGUGUAAAAGAAAAUCGGUGAAGUUUGAGGUUGUUGCAGGCAGAACUCUGAACCCUGAUCUGUGAAAUACAAACGCAGUAAAAAAGUGUUUGAUCACAAAGUUUUGAUACUUGGUAGAGUCGAGGCGUGCUGCUGCAUGAUACAGACACCAGAGAUGAAGAUUUCACUUUUCCUCAUCUCUAGAAAAAAUGAAUCACAAGCGCGAGCAAAUGUUUCCCAUGGAGCCUUUAGGUUAAAGGCUUUAUAUGUGAUUCUUCACACUUAAAUGUAAUAGAAAUCAAGUAUAUCCUCUGAAAAUAACUCUGUGAGUCAUGACUGUCUACAAUGGGUGUAACACCCGAGUCCCACUGUCUGUGAUGUUUUCAGAGUUUUCAGAGUCCUAUCUUCAGUUUGUUUACAUCGCCCAGACGGCCGGCUGACUCCUCCCCUCGUGUAUAAAAGUUGUUUAAUUGAGGGACUAGAGAAAAGAAGAAUAACAUACUGUACUCACUGCUUAACUGUGUUUCUAGAUCACGCUCAUUUCAGGUAAAUUUACAUGCAGUGUGAAGAUGCGAGCAUAAUAAAGAUCGCUAGCAUUAGCAUGCUAACACAACAAUGCAGCGCAACGCCAGUUGUUUUGGUUUCAUGCUGGCAUAUAAAGCCUUUAAGUCCAGUGACGCAGGGAAAAAGAGGAUGCACUCUCCAAGUAUUUUAUCAGUGCCUAAGAAUGUAAGCUAAGUAGCUCACUUCACGUUUGUUAGCGAAUGUAAUGUAGGCUCUAUAUAAAAAUGUUAUGUGACCCCAUGUGUCAGUGCCUGUGCACUACUUAGCUUCUCUCUUGGAAGAAUCCUAUUUUAGGUACUGGACUAACCGAUCUGAAAACAACCAAUCCUUGCUACCUGCGAUAGGAAAUUUUUACGUUCACUGUAUCCGACAUUUCAGCACGUCACCGGGGCUGAUUCUGAAAUGCUCUUUGCCGUUUUUUGCUUUACUCGAUGGGAGUUUGUUGUUUAUAACACUCCAAAAAAUCUUGGCAAAAAAAAGUAGUUGUUUUCAGACUGGAAGUGGUUUGACUCACACAGGGCUGUAAAUGAUACUGUAUGUACCAAAACUGUACAGUAUAGAUGUUAUUAGCACCAAUGUGAGAAAAUGUAUACAGAAAUUUGCAUAUAUUUUUUGUAAGACAAGUUUUAUUUUCCAUAGAACUUAUUUAUAUCAUUUACCGUCUGUUUUUAUUUGAAACCAAUGUAUGUGAAAAAAAAUUGUUGUAAAUACAUUUUAUUUCUUAAGAUAAGACUUGGUAGUGUGAUUUAUACUCUUGAUCAGAACCUCUCAAUAAAUGGUUCAAAAAUA